CAUUGUUUAGGCUUGACUUAGUGCUUUCUUCUCAUAUAUAUAUCACUAACAUAGAUGUAAAUGAACAUACAAUUUUCUCAACACCAUACACAAUUCUCUUUCUCUGUUUUCUUUACAUAGUAUCGGAGCUUAGGCUUUCACCCUUCCUGUAAAACAACAUCAACUGCAAAUCAUUAUUCCACCUUGCCUCCGCACUCAUGGCAAAGACCGACAACAAUGACCCAGAAAAAUCUGAGAUAACCAAGAUGCAAAACCAUUGGCACGAUGAUCCAAGUGAUCCUCUCUAUCUUCACCACUCGGACCAACCUGGUCUUAUCCUGGUGACCCAAUCGCUGAAUCAAGAGAACUAUCCUCUUUGGAGUCAUGCCAUGCUCAUGGCCCUUAUUGCCAAGAACAAAGACGGUUUCAUCGAUGGAACCGUGACCAAACCUGUCACAGGAUCCACGGCAGAGGUAAAGCAAUGGACUCGUUGUGAUCUUCUUGUCAAAGGAUGGAUCCUCAACACAGUAACCCCUGCAAUCGGACAAAGCGUCAUGUACAAUGAUAGUGCUCUUGCCGUCUGGAAUGAACUAAAGGAACUACUCUCUACCACCAACAGUGUGUACCUUUUUCACAUUGAGCAGGAAAUCCAUGAUUGCUUGCAAGGCAACAUGACCAUUGGUGAAUACUACACCAAGCUCAAAAGUCUCUGGGACAAACGAGAUGCACUUUGUCCUCUACCACCUUGUAGUGGGGAUAUUGCCAAGACUCUACAUCAAUACCAACAGACACAACGUACCAUCAAGUUCCUUAUGGGACUCAAUGAGGUUUAUGCAGCAGCACGUGGUCAAAUUCUUCUCAUGGAUCCACUACCUCCUGCUAACAAAGUGUUCUCUCUUGUCAAUCAAGACGAAAAACAACGAGUCAUCUCCUCACAAGGUCUGGGUAAAGCACCAGAGGCAGCAGCUUUCACCGCUAGAGAAAGGUUCAAUCAUACAGGGAAAGCUCCUUUGUCCCACCUCUCCACUAUCCGUUGCCAUCGUUGCCACCUUACUGGUCACUCCACUGAAAACUGUCGGGCACACUUAAAAUGUGACUACUGCGGACACAAAGGUCACACAAUCGAUAUUUGCCGCAAGCUUAAGAGGGCCAACUCUCACGGUGAUAAGAGUAAUCAUUUGAACACAAACUCUCAUUCUCGUUCAAAGGCUUAUCAUGUAAGUUUUCAACCAGACAAUACUGAUAGCACACCACCUUCCUACAACCUCACGGCAGAUCAAUAUCAUGAUCUCCUUGCUCUUAUUGAUCAAAACAAAGUAGGAAACAUGGCUAGUCAAGUGAAUGCGGCAACUACAAUGAGCAACGUUUCAGGACCAACGAUCGGGGGAGAUGAUUGGGAUGGGAACUGAGCGCAAUGGGCUUUAUUACUUGGACGUUGCGAGGAUAUCUGGGUGUUAUUCCGCCUCAACAAUUACACCUUCCAACUCAUCCCAUUUAUGGCACCAACGUUUAGGUCAUUUAUCUAACAAAAGCCUACGGGCCAUAUCUUUGUCUACCAAAAAUAUCCAUUUUUGUUCAGUUGAUGAUUGUGCCAUUUGUCCUCUUGCCAAACAAACUCGUAACUCUUUUCCAUUGAGUUCUAUUACUACGAAAGUUCCAUUUGAAUUAAUUCAUGUUGACAUUUGGGGAGGAUACCAUAUCCAAUCACUCAAUGGGGCAAAAUACUUUCUUACAAUUGUUGAUGAUUUUUCUCGUUGUACUUGGAUUUAUCUAUUACAUAGCAAAUCCGAUGCACGUGGAUCUCUUCUUUCCUUCAUAAACUAUGUUGAAACACAGUUUUCUACUCGCGUCAAAGUCAUUAGGAGUGACAAUGGUCCUGAAUUCUCC